AUGGAUGAUGAUAUUAUGAACAAUAAUGUUAUGAAUAAUAAUAUUAUGAACAAUGAUGCUACUAGUCUUGGUAAUAUUUCAAAUGAUUCCAUUUUGGCUUCAGAAGCAAAUUCCAAACAAACAGAGACAACGCAAUCAUCAUAUAAAAGAGCUCAUGAAAUGAAGGCUCACCUUGCACUGAAAUGUAAAAGAAGAAUUGUGUGUUCUGAUAUCUCAUUUUCUGCCUUUGAUUCUCCUUAUUUUGAGAAUUUUACAAAGUUAUUAAACCCAGAGUAUAAUUCACCUAAGAGAGCUACAUUGGCAACAUCAAUCUUGGAUGUAGAAGCAGCGAACAUAACACUAAAAAUAGAGAAAGAACUAUUGAAAUCUAAAAAUCUAAUGCUGUGUGUAGACAGUUGGUGCAGUCCAUUAAAACAUAGCAUAUAUGCCUUUGUGAUAAUGAUGGAUGAGAAGAAACAAUAUAUUUAUUCUUUACGUGAUUUUUUAAUGUCCUCUCAUAUGGCAAAUUUUAAUGCUAAAAGAAUAAGAGAAGUAAUAGAAAAUGUUGGACCUAAAAAAUUUGUGCAGUGUAUCUGUCAUUUACCUCAUGCACGAGCUAUUCUUUUUAACUGUCAAACAGUCAUAAAGUUUUUGAGGAAUUCUUAUAUUGCUGGUGCUACCCUUAAUCAAGAAAUUAUAUCUACUUUCACUGUUGGUAGAAAUUUAAAAUCAAGCACUAAAACCUGGUGGUCAACAGUUUUAGAACAAGAUCCUCAAAUUUUUAAUCAGGCGAGCACUGUAAAAGAGUUAAUUGAACAAUUGCGAGAUAUUCUCCACCCAGUAAAAUGGGCUGUAAAAAAUGUGGAGUUUCGAACCACCUUGUUAGCUAAUAUGUUUGUUGAACUAGUAAAAAUGGCAAUCACAAUCAAAGAAACUUCUUGGAUGUCUAUAGAAAUAAAAAAACAUGAAGAUCAUAUUAAAAGCCUUGCUCUAAAAAUACAUUCUAUUUCACCCCAUAAUGCUGCCUGUGAGCGUGUUUUUAGCAUUCAAGGAUGGUAUUUCAGAAAAAGAAGAACUAGAUUAAGUCUUAGUCGUCUAGAAAUUAUAACCCAGAUGCAUUCAUUUUUGGUUGAGAAUGCUAAGUUAGAGCUUAAUUAUGUGGAUCCAAAUCUUUACCAAGAGGAUUUCGUAUCAAUUUUUAAUAAAAUCUCAAGUUCUAUUGAAGAUGGCACUGAUUUAUUUAGUGAAGAAGAUUUGUUUUCUAUUCAGAAAGAAACUACAGAAGAACCUACAGAAGAACUGAUAGAAGAUACAAAAGAUCUCCUAGAAGAGAAUUUAGCUGGAGAAAAUUCUAUAAAUUUAGCAAUCGAAAUCUUAUAA